AUGGUUGGAACCGAAAAUGCCAUCACCGAGGCGGAGUUGGGGAUGAAGAUGGACUUGAGCCAUGAGGAGGUUAUCCAAAUGGCAGAGUUGACCGAGGAAGAGAAAGUUAUCGAGAAGGCAUUGCGCAAGCGCAUUGAUGCGCUGAUUAUGCCACUGGCCAUUCUGGUCUACCUGAUGAAUUAUAUUGAUCGCAACAAUUAUGCCGCGGCGAAGCUCCAAGGUCUCGAAGAGGAUCUCAACCUCGACGACACCAAAUACCAUACCGGUCUCUCUAUUCUCUUCGUUGGAUACAUUCUCAUGCAGGUGCCUUCCAACAUGCUUCUGAACUACAUGGGUCGACCAUCCCUGUACAUUGGGUUCUUUGUCUGCGCUUGGGGGCUGGUAUCGGCACUGACAAGCCAAGUCACAAGCUACGGAGGCAUUGUGGCCUGUCGAUUCAUUCUUGGUUUGGUCGAAGCGCCCUUCUUCUGCGCCAUUCUUUUCUAUCUGUCGAAAUGGUAUACAAAGAACGAAUUAGCUUUCCGAAUGAGUAUUUUCUACUCCGGCUCCCUGCUGAGUGGCGCUUUCGGAAACCUCAUCGCUGCGGGUAUUCUCAACGGUCUCAAAGGCCACAGAGGACUUUCGGCAUGGCAAUGGCUUUACAUUAUUGAAGGUACCAUCACCUGUGCCAUCGGACUGGUUAUCUGCUUCAUUCUACCCGACUUCCCGGAGACAUGGAAACUUUUGUCCCCGGAGAUGCGCAAAGUUGCCCAGCGACGUCUUGCCAUUGAGGCCGGCCAGGCCGAUGUGGAUGAAGGGGGUGGCAGAAGCCAGCUCGAGGGGUUCAAGCUCGCCAUGACCGAUAUCAAAACCUAUGUAUUCGCAUUGGCGUAUAUGUGCAUCACCGGAGCGGCGGGUUUCCAAAACUUCUUCCCGACAUUGGUGAAGACUCUCAACUUGUCCGAAACCAUCACACUGGUGCUGGUGGCACCCCCAUAUCUGUUCAUGGUUGUAUAUUCCCUUUGCCACUCCCUGGCUUCUGAUAGAUUCGAGAAGAGAUUCUGGUUCUUCAUCUACCCGAUCCCGAUCACCAUCAUUGGAUUUGUCAUCUUCAUGAAAACGGACUCUUUUGGACCACGAUACUUCUCGUUCUUCUUGAUGGUCUUUGUCUUCGCCCAGAAUGGAACUCUAUACUCCUGGCUCGCGAGCUCCAUUCCUCGUCCGCCUGCCAAGCGUGCUGUCGCCUUUGCGUUUUUCAACUCUAUUGGAAACAGCGCUUCAAUUUGGACCCCCUAUACGUAUCUUGAAAAAGAGAAGCCCCAUUACGAAACGGCCAUGGGUGUUUGUAUCGCGCUACAGAUAAUUGGUGGCCUUGCGGCCCUCUUCUUAUACUUGAACUUGAACAUGCUCAACAAACGCCAGGAGCGUAUGGAGAAUGAGGAAGUUCAGCUUACCGAGAAGGAUAUUCGUCGGCUGCAGGCUACAGCUGAUAUCGAGGGGAUCGAUAUUGCCGCUGCUAGACGGCUGCAGAAGGGAUUCCGCUAUGUAUUGUAG